ACGUAUUGGGGGUGGGCGGAGCUUCGCUGGUGACGUUACCGUUCGGAGGCGCCCGGGGGCCGUGCCGGAUGGGGGGCCGGGUGCAGAUCUCCUUCCCGCAGCACGCGGCCGCGCUGCUCGAGUCCCUCAACCUCCUGCGCCUGGAGGGCAAGUUCUGCGACGUCCACGUCCACGUCGGCGGCCGCGUCUUCCCGGCCCAUAAGAGCGUCCUGGCCGCCGCGUCCCCCUUCUUCCACGACAAGCUCCUGCUGCAGGAUGGGGCCCGGUUGCUUUUGCCCCCCGCCAUCGACCCCGAUGCUUUCGAAGGGCUCUUGCACCUCAUCUACUCCGGGCGGUUGAGUUUGGUGCUGGAUGCCCUGCCCGGGCAUCUCUUGGUGGCCAGCGGGCUCCAGAUGUGGCACGUGGUGGAUCAGUGCUCCGAGAUCCUUCGGGAGAUGGAGGGGGGACGGGGGUGCCGGUGGGGGGCAGCGGCCUCGGCCUCGUCGGCAUCCGGUGGUCGUGGGGGGGAAGCUGCGGCUUUGUGCGGUACCCAUGGUGGAGAUGGGGCUUCGGCAUCGUCCUGGACCAGCCGUGGUGGAGAUGGGGCUUCGUGCCUCACCCAUGGUGGAGAUGGGGCUUCGUGCAUGACCCAUGGUGGAGAUGGGGCUUCGGCAUCGUCCUGGACCAACCGUGGUGGAGAUGGGGCUUCGUGCAUGACCCAUGGUGGAGAUGGAUCUUCCUGCCUCACCCACGGUGGAGAUGGGGCUUUGUGUAUCAGCCACGGUGGAGAUGGGGCUUCGGCAUCGUCCUGGACCAACCGUGCUGGCGAUGGGGCUUCGUGUGUUGUCCGUGGUAGAGACGGGGCUUCGGCAUCGUCCUGGACCACUCAUGGUGGAGAUGGAUCUUCCUGUGUCACCCGUGAUGGAGAUGGGGCUUCAUGUGUCACCCAUGGUGACGGGGCUUUGGCAUCGCCCUGGACCAGCCGUGCUGGGGAUGGGCCUUCCUCCCCCCCAUGGCCCAAGGAGGCGGGCGAGGAGGUCCUCAAGAUCUGCGUGCAGGAGGAGGAGGAGGAGGAAGAGGAGGAAGAGGAGGAUGAAGACGGCGCCCAUCGUGCCGCUGACGCCCUCCAGAUCGUGCUGGAGGAGGAGGAGGAGGAGGAGGAAGAGGACGGAGCGCCCAGAGACACCCACGACCCCCCUAAAGUCUUCUACAUCAAGCAAGAAGCCGGCGAAGCCACCGAGCCUGCACCCGUGCUGAGCCGCAUCCUCCCGCCGGGCUCGGGUACCACAGGCACCGCGCUGGUGACCACCACCACCACCACCACCACCACCACCACCGCCACCGCCGCCGCCGCCGCCGCCUCCAUCUUCAACCAAGCCUCUUGGAAGCCCGUGGACCUGCACGGCAACGAGAUCCUGGGCCGGGCUCCGGCCCUGCACGCGCCGGUGAAGCUGGGAGCGGCUCCGGAUGGGAAACGCUUCGGUUGCUUGUGCGGGAAGCGCUUUGCCGUCAAGCCCAAGCGGGACCGGCACAUCAUGCUCACCUUCAGCCUGCGGCCCUUCUCCUGCGGCGCCUGCCAUAAGCGUUUCAAGCUCAAGCAUCACUUGACGGAGCACAUGAAGACCCACGACGGGGCCGGGCGGGCCUGCGAGCGCUGCGGGACCCGUUUCCGCCUGCGGAGCGGGCUCGAUAAGCACCGGCCGCUGUGCCAGGGGCCGCGCUGGGCAGCGGGCUGCUGGGCUUGCGAGUGAACGGGCGACGGGGGCUCGGGCCCCUUUAAG